UUACCGACCACCGGGAGCCUCCGUGCGCCGCGCAGCCUGAGAGGCCUCCGCUCGCCCGCCUCAGCGCGGGACUGGGCGGGGGGGUUGGUUAAAUAAUACGCUCACCUUGAGCCUCCCGGAGGUUCCCUGCCCGGCUGUGGGGGAGCACGAAGCGAGGUCGCGGUACCGAGAGGUCCGGAGCGCGUCCCGUCUCGUCCCGGCGCGUCUCGUCCCGGGCGGUGCCACCGCAAAAGGCGCGGACCGGGCGGCGCGGCGCGGCCGGGCCGUGAUCCGCGCUCUGAUUGGCUGCGGCGGGAUCGCGCCGCGCUCUGAUUGGCUGCGGUGGGACCGCGUUGCGCUCUGAUUGGACCCGCGUGGAGCCGGGGGCGGUUUGAGCGGCAGCGCCCGGCGCGGCGGCGGCUCCGGGGUCUGGCACGAUGCUGCCCCUGUCUUUGCUGAAGACGGCGCAGAACCACCCCAUGCUGGUGGAGCUGAAGAACGGGGAGACGUACAACGGCCACCUGGUGAGCUGCGACAACUGGAUGAACAUCAACCUGCGGGAGGUCAUCUGUACAUCACGGGAUGGGGACAAGUUCUGGAGGAUGCCAGAGUGCUACAUCCGUGGCAGCACCAUCAAAUACCUGCGGAUCCCCGACGAAAUCAUUGACAUGGUGAAGGAGGAGGUGGUGUCCAAGGGCAGAGGCCGUGGUGGGAUGCAGCAGCAGAAACAGCAGAAGGGCCGUGGGGUUGGAGGAGCUGGACGAGGUGUGUUUGGUGGCCGUGGCAGAGGAAUUCCAGGCAGUGGAAGAGGCCAGCAGGAAAAAAAGCCAGGCAGGCAAUCAGCCAAGCAGUGAGAUGUCUGCACCCAGGCAGGGACAGUUUGGGUUUUGUCACCUCAGGGUUGCCACAUGUCCAAAAAACGUUUCCCUUUCCCGUUCUUCCAUCAGAAUCAGAACCCAAAUCAUGUUCCUUUGGAAGCCCCUCACGCUUUAAUAUGGUGGAGUUUUCUCUCCUUCUACUCAGUAAAUCAUUGGAAAAAUUUUUUAAAAAUUCGUUCAUGGUUAAGGACCGAGGUUCUGCCUUCUCCUGAGAGUGAUUUUUUUCAGGCUUGCUAGAUUUAAUUUAAAAUAUUUUUCUGUUCAGAGGUACCAGUAUGAAGGCAAACACUUCCUGGAUUGCUUGGAUUUUUUUUUUUUUUUUUUUUUUAAUACUUGAAACUCGGGAAACUUGUUUUGUUGUAACAGAUGUGUUUUGGUUUAAAAACACUGAACCUAAGGAUGUUGUGUCUGUACAUGAAUAGUCCUAAAGGUUUGGGGUUUUUUUUAAAUCCAAGAAACUGUUAAGCUAUUGCUUUUCUCCUGGCUAGUGAGUUCUGAUUCUCCAAUGGCUGAAAGGAGGGAUGAACAUUGACCUUCAAGGCUUGUACCCAAGAGAGCUUUGUGACAAAUGAGUGUUUCCCAAUUAAUUAAUUGCUAAUUUGACUUCAGAUUAGAAGUUUCCUUCAAAGGAACAGGAUUUUUUUCUGUGGUUUUGGGGUUUUUUUUGGUGGUUUUGUUUUGUUUUUUUUUUUGUUGUUGUUGUUGUUGUUGCAUGAGGCUGGUGUACCCCUUCUUCCUCAUGGGGGAUUUACAUUUUUUUUUCUUUUUUAAAAACUUGAUCAACUUGAGUUGAUUUACAUGGAUUUAUUUCCCCCCCCUGCUUUGAAAACUCUCUCCCUUCUGCUGUGACACCGAGUCCUGAACUCUGACAAUAUUUCUCAACCCAAUUUCUUCCAGCACCUGGUGAUUGACCUCACUGGCUCUACCUGCCACUUCCUUCCCCAGCCACCAAUUAUCUUCCCUUGGGGACACAACCAACGUGUGAAUGUGUCCCUCCUGUAGUUUCAGAAAACUCCUGGGAAUUCCCAGGUCAGGUUGCUUCAGUCUUCCAUCCCAUUAGCAGAAUGCACCCUCAGAAUAUCCUGGCUGCUCCCAGUUUAGCAUCUGCACGAGGGCACAGGGGGAAAAAACAAAAAAAAAAAAAACCAGCUCUGGGUGUGCCUCAACCCCCUGAAUGGAUGAAGCAGCUGAAUUUUGGGGGGUGGGAAACUGUUAUUGUGACUUAUUUUGAGCAGGUUUUGGGUUUGUACAACUGGUUCUCAUAUUGGAUCCACUGCCUUCGCCACUGUACUGAAAAGGAGUGAAGAGCAUGCUUUUAUAGACUUAUUUUUUUAAUGUUUAUGGAACUGGGCGCAGUGGUGAGUGAGAAUAAAUCUCCAGCCUCUUCCAGUUUCCUCCCUCUGUGUGUCUGUGAUGCUGCUGGGCCCUGCCCGACCCAGAACCCUUCCCUGAGCCCUGGAGUCGGGGAUAAAUCCCUAAACAUUCCGUUUCCAACAC